GCAGCAGCUGGUCACCUGUCGGUCAUUGGUUUCUUUCUGAGGGCGGAGAGUAAAACUGCUGAGAUUAGCGUUCAGUUGCUGCAAGAAACCUCCUGCAGAAGACCUCCACGUUUCCCUGAGGGACACCAGAAGGAUGAAGGUUGAUAUUCACAAUCAUAUUCUACCAAAGGAGUGGCCGGAUCUGAAGCAGAGGUAUGGAUACGGCGGCUUUGUCCAGCUCCACCAUCACUGCAAGGGUGAAGCAGAGAUGGUGAAGGACGGGAAGCUGUUCCGGGUGAUUCAACAAAACUGCUGGGACGCAAACACUCGCAUAAGGGACAUGGAUCAACAUGGUGUCACAGUUCAAGCCCUUUCUACUGUCCCUGUGAUGUUCAGUUACUGGGCCAAACCUCAUGACACGCUGGAUCUCUGUGUCCUUCUAAAUGACAAUUUGGCUGAGACAGUGCGCACCCACCCCAAGAGGUUUGUGGGCCUGGGCACUCUGCCCAUGCAAGCUCCUGACUUGGCUGUACUGGAGAUGAGGCGCUGUGUGAAGGAGCUGGGCUUCCCUGGGGUGCAGAUUGGCUCACAUAUCAACAACUGGGACCUAAAUGCCACUGAACUCUACCCUUUCUAUGCUGCAGCCGAGGAGCUGGGCUGCUCCAUAUUUGUCCACCCAUGGGACAUGCAGACAGAUGGGAGGAUGGCUAAGUAUUGGCUGCCAUGGCUGGUGGGCAUGCCGUCAGAGACAACCAUGGCUAUUUGCUCGAUGAUAUUUGGAGGCGUCUUUGAGAGAUUUCCUAAAUUAAAAGUCUGCUUUGCACAUGGAGGCGGCUCGUUUCCAUUCACUAUUGGUCGAAUUGAACAUGGCCACAAAGUCCGGCCUGACCUGUGUGCCGUUGACAACAAGAUCAGUCCACGGAAAUACCUCGGUUCUUUCUUCACUGACUCCCUGGUUCAUGAUCCCGUCGCCCUGAAGCUGCUCAUUGACAUCAUCGGAAAAGAUAAAGUGAUGCUGGGAACAGAUUAUCCAUUCCCACUGGGUGAGCUGGAGCCUGGAUCACUGAUCCAGUCAAUGGACGAAUUUGAUGACAAACUAAAGGAUAAAUUACUCGCUGGAAAUGCUCUGGAAUUUUUGGGCCUGAAACGAGAGCAGUUUGAGUAACAUGAACAUCUGCUACAGCCAGCGACUCAGUGCAAUGUCUGCCUUCAAGUAUUCCUAUUUGAAUGAUCAAUCAUUCUGUAUAAGCUUGUAUAGUAGAUAGAACCAAUUGUUGUUUGAUGCAAUAAAUGAGUGUUUUACUCUGAGUGGCA